GGCCUUUCAGAGGCCCAUCACCAUCGUCCAUCUACCUCCCUUUCUCCGUCUCCUUCUCUCCUUCCUCAACUUCCCUUCUUCAGCUCUUCUUCUCUUCUGCUCUGUUCGCUCCGCUGCACGUCCAGCCGCAGCAUUAUCCGGCGGGCGGAGUCAACAAAGAUCGACCAACAAUACCAAAAUAGACGGCGCGGAGACUCGCCGUGAUCUCCGUGUCCCAUGGAGUCUCUCUCCCGUGCUUCCAUUGCUAACCCCGGGACCCUGUCUCCCACCUCCUCUUCCGCCUCUUAUUUUCUGUUUCCUCGACGUUUUCGCCUUUCCAAUGGUUUCUCCUCGUCCUCGGCCUUCGGGAAUCUCCGCAGAAUUGUGAGCCGGGGCCGAGUUCGUGCUGAGAUUGAGAAGCCGAAUGCUCCGGUGAUCGAUUUCAGUGAUCCAGAGUGGAGGAUCAAGUAUCAGAAGGAUUUUGAGCUCCGUUUCAAUAUUCCGCACAUCACUGAUGUCUUCCCCGACGCCAAGCCGAUUCCUUCAACGUUUUGUCUGCGAAUGAGGACUCCUGUGUCUGAGGAUUUCGCCGGCGGUUAUCCUUCUGAUGAGGAGUGGCAUGGUUACAUCAAUAAUAACGACCGGGUCCUUCUCAAGACCAUAAAUUUCGCAUCCCCCAACUCAGCUGGAGCAGUGUGCAUUGACCCUGACUGUACCUGGGUUGAACAAUGGGUUCACCGUGCUGGACCUCGGGAGAAGAUUUACUUCAAACCUGAGGAAGUUAAGGCUGCUAUUGUUACUUGUGGUGGAUUGUGUCCUGGCCUCAAUGACGUCAUCAGACAGGUUGUCAUCACACUUGAAAUAUAUGGUGUCAAAAGUAUUGUGGGGAUCCCUUUUGGUUAUCGUGGAUUUUCUAACAGUGACUUGAGUGAAAUGCCACUAUCAAGGAAAGUGGUUCAGAAUAUCCAUCUUUCUGGUGGAAGUUUGUUGGGAGUUUCACGUGGAGGCCCCAGUGUCAGCGACAUUGUUGAUAGGAUGCAGGAAAAGGGAAUCAACAUGAUUUUUGUACUAGGUGGGAAUGGUACACAUGCUGGGGCGAACGCCAUACACGAAGAGCAGUGCCGUAAAAGAAAGCUGAAGGUAGCUGUAGUUGGGGUACCAAAGACCAUAGAUAAUGACAUUUUAUUGAUGGAUAAAACUUUCGGUUUCGAUACUGCUGUAGAAGAAGCACAAAGAGCAAUAAAUUCUGCUUAUAUUGAGGCUCACAGUGCCUAUCAUGGAGUUGGAAUCGUGAAAUUAAUGGGACGUCACAGUGGUUUUAUAGCCAUGCAUGCAUCCCUUGCUAGUGGACAGAUUGAUAUUUGCUUGAUCCCAGAGGUACCGUUUCAAUUACAUGGACCUCAUGGUGUCUUGACGCAUCUCAAAUACUUGAUUGAGACAAAGGGAUCCGCUGUGGUCUGUGUGGCCGAAGGAGCUGGACAGGUGAUUCUUACUACAAAUUUCUGUGUGCCUUCUAGAGGUUUCAAUGCCCUGAGCAGUCUAUUUCAGGAGCUUUCUGUGUCAGUUACCUUGCCAUUUCGAUCUGCCCUUUUUUGUCUGUCUAAUGGCGGAAGGGCUAUUUACAGUUGUAAAGAGAUGCUUAAUAGGUCUUGUUGCACAGUUGUUUUGUACAAACUUCAGUUCGCGCAUGUGAUGUUCUUGGGAACAGAGAGAGUUUAAGUGAGGAUUUCUUAUUUCCUUCGCUUUGACUAUACUUUUGGUUGCCGCUUUAUCCAGAACUUGCUUCAGAAAACCAACGCCACGGAUGCAUCUGGAAACAUGGUACUUGGUGACAUUGGCGUACAUAUCCAACAAGAGACGAAGAAGUACUUUCGGGAGAUUGGCGUCCAUGCUGAUGUCAAGUACAUCGAUCCAACAUAUAUGAUUCGUGCAUGCCGUGCAAAUGCGUCAGAUGGGAUUCUAUGCGCUGUUCUUGGACAAAAUGCUGUAAGCUUUCCCCUGAUUCCCCUUUCCCCCCUGUGCCAGGGCUGAAACAACUGCAAUCAGCACUCCUCGUCGCUUCCACUUGAUCUCUUAGAUGCACUGUUCUUCUGUGGCAGGUCCAUGGCGCAUUUGCAGGAUACAGCGGGAUCACAGUGGGGAUAUGCAACACCCAUUACGUCUACUUCCCGAUUCCUGAAGUCAUCGCUUACCCGAGACCCGUAGAUCCCAACAGCCGCAUGUGGCAUCGUUGUUUGACCUCCACAGGGCAGCCCGACUUCAUCUAAUCUUUAGCUUGGAACUUCCAUUCUGGACCUCUAGAACCAUAUCCAGGUUUAUAAUGACAGCCAGGUAAAACAAUGAUUUUAUCUCCCCCACCAUUUGUUCGUUGUAUAGCAAUUUGGUGCCUAGUUUAUUCUUUCCCUUCUCCGCGGAGUCGUAGAGGCACCACCGGUGUUUGAAUAAAGCUGUAUUUAUAGGAGUCGCACAGUCGGAGGAUGGUGUGCUUGAUUCCAUGAUUUUUGUAGUUAAGCCACAAGGGCUGAAAAUGGCUGGUUCUUUCCUUAUGUGACAGACAGAUAAGAGAGACCCAACGAGAAAUUGUUGCCUGUUGGCGUUCUUUAUUUCGCUACGUUAGAAUUUGGUCAUCGAAGUUUGCCCAAUAUGGAAUAAAAUUGAACAUUGUUUGUUAGUAAUUUAUCUUUGCCUUCUAGAUUUAAUUGAGCAGUGUAGUCAAAAUCAUGAUUCUAAAUAGAAGCGUUUU